UGUUGUUGAGGUUAGAAAUCUGUUGUGGAUGAAAUUGGAAUUCGGAAGGAAAGAAAUAUUUUUUUUUUAGUUUUGUUUAAAGGGACUCUAGUUUUGUUGGUCAUUUUCUCAAUCAAUUCGUCUUACUCUUAGCGUACAAUCUAAGUCAGAAGUAUUAGUAUAAUAUUUUUUUACAACUUACCAUGUAACUUUUAAACACAAACGCUGUAGGAAAUCAAGCAAUCAUUUUAAGCUAAAAUGGUCGGGAAGUUGUACCCAGCAAAUCACAAGACAGUUUUCGUUUUGGAUCACACGCCGUACUUCGGUAUUCCCUGUGAACAUUACAUUGAUUUUGACUUUCCUAAGAACAGGACACCAGGGUUUAUUCCGCUGGCUCCUAUCUCAAAAUCUCUGUGGACAUGCAGUAUCGAAGCCACUGUUGAGUACUGUAGGAUAGUGUGGGACUUGUUCCCCCAAGAAAAGUUGGUCAGAGUUAUAGCAAGUGAUUCUCGGGCCUACAUCCUCAAUUCAUGGAGUAUGGAUCAGCAGAAUGUUAAUCAUCUGUUGAAUGCUGCAUCAAUUGGAGUCCCACCCAGACCAAAACCUGGCUCUAGUAUGGAAUAUUCGGUAGUCCAUGGAUUGAGGUCAGCCAUUGAAUGCAUGUGUGAAUAUACUCCUAAGCAACAAGAGAAACAAUCACAAUUGACAGAUGGCAGCAAGAUUCUAAAUCGAUGUAGAGUGAUUUGUAUCACAUCAACCAGAGACGAUGCCAGCAUAAAAAGUUUAGAAGAACUGUUUAUGAAUGACCUCAUUCAGCUGAAUAAAGCAGCCUCUCAGUCAGAUCUGUUGACACCUGUUCAUCAUUGUCAUUUAGUCAUCAUCAAUACCUACCCAAAUAAUCUAGAAAGUAUAGCUGUUACCCCUCGACCCACACGAGAUAUAUCACCUCUUUUAUCUUCAGAAGUUCAUGUCAUCAAAGCGGGCCUUGGAAUAUCAAGCAAAUUGUCCCAAUUAAUAUUGAACCAUUAUGAUCUAGCAUCAACAACAGUGACCGGAAUUCCUAUGAAAGAGGAGCAGAAUGCAAACUCAUCAGCAAACUAUGAUGUGGAAAUAUUUCAUGCCUCUCAAGCUCACACAGCAUUCCUAAGAGGUGAUUUAGCUGAUACAAUGUUAAUCAGGACUCCUAAAGAAGGUGCAGAGUAUGACACUAUUACCCUAAAAUGGUGCACUCCUCGCAACUUAUCCUCUGCUGAAAUGCAUAAUUGCACAACAAUGCACCGUAUUACACCAACAGAUGUCAAUAGCCGGCCUUCAUCUUGUCUGAUCAAUUUUCUUCUAAAUGGGCGAUCAGUGAUGUUAGAAAUGCUACGGAGGACAGGAGGAAAAGCAAUCUCUCAUCUGUUAACUGCGCAUGGAGGUGAAAUAUUUAUUCAUACCAUUAGUAUGGGCAGGAGUAUUUUGGAAGAUCCACCUAGUAUCAGUGAAGGACAAGGAGGUCGUAUCACUGAUUAUCGAAUAACGGAUUUUGGCGCUCUGAUGCAAGCAAACAAAUUAUUCCCUCUGAGUAAGUACCUUGAAAAAACCGGUGACCCCACACCCUUGGAACGAAUGAAAGCUCAACUGGACCGGCAUACAAAAUAUUGGCCUCUUACAAUCUCGUCAACCUGUAUCUUCAGCUACAAACAGUUUAUGGAGCCUCUCCUCUCACUUAUGCUGAAGACAGAUCUCACUGAUGAUGAGGUUUUCCAGUGCAAACAGUGCAUCUUUGUUUUAAUCGGCCUUGAAGCAAAGCAUGAGCCUCUUCAAAUUCCAAAUAUUGGACAGCGAGGGAAAGGUCCAAAAAAAGAGGAACAGUAUCGAGUAAUGUGGAAUGAGUUGGAAUCUUAUCUCCGAGCGCACAGUCAUACGGACCAGCAUCGGCAGGUACUCCAGUGUCUGUUGGAGUGCAAAAAUAAGAGUGGUGCCAUUGAUGAUGAGAAGUUAAAAAAGAUGGAAACUGUAGAAUUGGACCAGGCAUUGCGGGAAUUAGAUCAACUAGUCAAGCAGCCAGAAGCAACAAGAACAUCUGACUCCAUGAGGGUUACAGUGAUCCGGGCUACAACUGAUUCUCCCAUGUCUCCGCCACCAUCUGCAUCGAUUCCCUCAUCAUUUUUCUCUAAAUCCCGUUCUAAUUCAGGGUCUUAUUCUGUUCCGCAUUCAAUUUUAGAUCUUUGGGACACAAAAUCAGCCUUUGAAAUUAGGACGCGACCACAGUUUGCAGGGCGCACAGUGGCAGAACCAGCACCUGGUGGCAAUUUUGUUUCAAAAUUAUAUCCAAAUCUUAAACUUGAGUCUGGAAAAGAAAAUUCUGCUGCUCCACAACCAGAAGCUUAAAUCUUUCAAUAAAAAUUGAAAAUUUAUUUUGUAUGUAAGUUUUUAUUUUAAUGUUUCCUUGGACUUUAAUGGCUGUGCAAAUGAGGUCAUUGCUUUCAUUUAAUGACUGAUAUUUUUAAAAUUUGCAUUUAUUGUUUAAGUAGCGUAAUUGUCAAAACUGUAUUUUUUGUCAAAGAAAAGAUGUAAAAAUAUCCCAUUUGAAGAACUGCCAAAUGGCAUCACCAUUUUUCUGUUUGUUUUACAAAAACACAAAUCAAAAGCAGCCAAUUGUAUGAAUUCAUCAUAGUUCUUAUUACUUUCUUCUUUUUUGUUUUGUUGUAAAUAAAAUUGUACAUACCCUUGUCCCUUUUUAGUCUUGCA